ACUUUCAUGGUGAAGUGAUCUGCACGAAAACACAGUGACAGUGUCUCACCUGAAAUUUUCUCUAAUUUUCCGUGGUAUUUUUAGAGUUUGGCCUUUUCUAAGCAAGUGUUUGACCGUGAAAAUUUGCGCACAAUGGGUGGGAAGACCAAACAAGCUCAAAGAACGAAGAAUAAUGUCAGGCCAUCCAGCAGUGGUCGGAGUGCCGAGCUGCUGGGAUCUUCUGUGCCCACCUUCGUGGGUUUCACUGCAGUGGAGAAUUGUGGCUUUGUACCAGUGGUGCCGGGUUUUGUGACCAGUGAGGCUAUCAGUGAUGAGAUCGAUGCCAACGUGGAUGCCAAUUAUCAACUGAUCUUGCGAAAGAUGUCCAAGAAGGAUCCCAUCACGAAGCAAAAAGCCCUGCAGGAGUUUGCAGAACUCGUGGUGACGUCGGAUGUGGAUCUGCUGAAGACGAUUUUGCCCUUCUGGCCACGGCUCUACAUCAAUCUGGCCACGGAUGUUGAGCAUAGGGUCCGGGAAGGGGCACAGCAGGCCCAUGGAGCACUGACAGGUAAGGUGGGGAAGUUUAUAGCACCAUACUUGAAGCAGAUGGCUCCAGUUUGGAUAGCCGGACAGUUUGAUUCCUAUGCUCCGGCUGCCAGUUUGGCCACAGCCUCCUUCCAGCGGGCUUUUCCGCCGCACAAACUCAAGGAAGUCUUUGGGUUCUGUCAGGGUGAGAUUCUCGAGUAUGUCACGAAGAUCCUUACCUUCUACACAGCCACAACUCUGAGCAAUGCCAAAUCCUACACUCCUGAAGAGUGUGAGGCAAAGUACCAGAGAUCUGUGGCAUGUUGCCUCCAGGGCUAUGCCAUGUACUUACAAACUGUCUCUGAGGAGAAUCUGAGUGAGGUUGCAAACAAAAAUACGACUUUGAUUGAGAAUCAGAAGUUCUGGAACUUUCACAAACACAAAUCCCCAAAUAUCCGAUCAGCAUGGUAUGAAGCCAUUUCGGCGGCUGUCCAGAAGAUUUCCGAGCUGCUGGAAAAGCAUACAGCACAGUUGGUAAAUUCUGUCUUUCAGAAUUUGGAUGAGAGUGAUCCUAUUGUCUUGCCACAUCUCUGGACGGCAAUUCUGCUGGUCCAGGUGAAUAUUCCUCUGUGGCAUAAGCAUGUCAAUUGGGAGAAGAUGCUGCAGCCAAAGUUGUGGAAGGUUCUGAAGAAUGGGUCUUCCGUGACUUAUCCCCAAAUGCUUCCAUUCAUUUCCAAGAUAAAUGCUGAGAUUUUGGGUGAGGAGGAGAAACUGCUCAAGUUCUACAGCAACUUCUUCGAGAGCGUGUCUGAGGGACUCAGAAGUCGCCAGGCAUCGCUCAGUAAGUCAGAAAUCACAGCUAUUGGAAGUUGCUACUUUGAGUGUCUCCAGUACGUUAUUAUUCAGCUAUUUAGAGAUCCUCCCAUCAAGGAGACCUUCCGGGAAUUUGGGGAAAAGCUCCUGGAUACCCAUGUCCUUGGAACAAUUUCCUGGUGCAUGACAGAGGGCUUCAAGAGUGGGAAAUGCAUCUUCACAAAAACAGCCACUUUGCUUACAAGUUGGAGUCAAAAUGCUGCAUCAAAUCCGGAAUAUCAGACUCUAGGGCAGAGAUUCUGGGAGGGAAUUUUCCCAGUGAUGCAAAAGAGUGUGGAAAUUCCCAAGGAUUUGGACAGCAAGACAGAGAGUCAUAUUGAUUUCUGCCAUAACCUCAAAUAUUCAAUAACUCAUCGGAUCCUGAAGAAUAGCAAAGUGAAAUUUGUCACUGAAGGUCAGGAAUCUACUUCAGUUCCGGAUAGUCCAACACCAGGGCCAGUUUAUGAUGACUACCUCAUGGAUUUGGUGCUUAAAAUCUGCAGAUUGUACCUCAAGAGUGCUCUUGAGUUGAGAAAUCCAACUUUUAUUCCCAAACUUCAUCAUCUCUUCAAUGAAUUUGGGAAUCUUCAGCUCUACGAGAAACUGGCUGAAGAUGGGGAUCUCUCAAAGCUCCUGGGAAGUUUUGAGAGUAUGCUAGCAGAUGGGAAGUUGCGCCAAGAAUCUGUCGUGGAUAUGAUCCUCAAAAUUUAUGGCUUCUUUCGGGAGGAAGAGAAAAAGGAGAUUCUCAGGCGUCUGGUGGAAAAUCGCAAUAGGAAUGUAUGCAAUUGGAUUAUUACGAGAAUUCUCAGUCAUCCACUUUGCACAGAACCCGGAAUUACGGAGAUCCUGUCCCAGGACAGAGUCCAGAAGCAUCUGAUUGAGCAGGCUGUCACAGCUGCUCAGAGUACUUCACGGGAGAGUUUCAAUCUUCUCCACAAAUGCUUCUUCCAGACGGAAUCCGGAGAGAUUCUCAUUGACAAUGACACCUGUGGGCAGAUUGUCGAGAAGAUUUCCACAGCUCUGGUCACAACGGAGGAAAAGGAAGUUAUUGAUACCUGUGGAAGUUUUCUGGCUCAAGUGAUGCCGGUGAUUUGUGCCGAUGAGAGUAAAUCCUCGAUCAAAAAUCAAAUGUUCCUCAAUCUCUUCCGCUUCAGUGUCCAGCAGAGUGCCAUUUCCAGUCAGGAUGAUGAGAGUAUCUGGGAGAUCAUGACAUCAUGGCAGGAUUCCCUAUCAAGUGGAGAUCUAAAACUAACUGAGAAUUUACUAGAAGCAUGCUCGGAAAUAGUUCAGGAAAAACUUCCAGAAAUCCCAUCAGAUUGCAUUGGGAAUCUUGCAGAAUUUGCCGCUAAGUUGAUUCUCUGUUCAGCUGAGAGUCUGACGGCAGAGGAAGAGAAGGCAGACUUUGUGGACAGAGCAAUACACUGCCUCCUGAAUGCUAAAAUGGGAGAAUAUAGAAAGAAUCAGGCUUUUGCCAAGCAUCUCGCACUCUAUCUAGAGGCCCUCAAUCGCAAAGUAACUUCUCCGGAAAUAGGUUCAGGAGAGGAAUUCCACAAUAUCCCGCAUGAUUCAACCCUAAAUGACUAUCUGCGAGUGUCUCUGUUCAAGAUCACUGUGAUCUUUAAGCUCUGCUGCAACAUAAAGCGUCAGAAGGAGGCUUCGGGAGAGGAUGAGGAAGAGGCCGAUGAGGAAGAAUAUACAGAAGAUUAUUGUGAUCUCGAGGCGAAUCUUCUCAAAAAUACGUCCGAUGAGAUUAAUCAUCAAAUUCUCGAUGGUGUAUUUGCGCUAUCUUGCGGAGAGAGUCUCCUGUUCAAUGCUAAAGAUCUCAAUGGGGAGAUUGAGGAGAAAAUCUAUCAAUUGGCAGCAACUGUUGUGCUCUUCUUCAGGAAUGUCCGUGAUGGACUGAAAACGGCAAUCAGGGAUAGCCUAUUCCAGCUGGCAAAUCAAGAAGGUGGCGUCUGGGCAAAUGCCCUGACUGUCCUUGGAAACUGUGAGCAGUAUCAGGGAGAAAAUGGUCCUGUCCUCCUCUAUGAAGACACAGCAACAGCCAGUUCAGAUUCCGAACCACUGAUUACGUACAUAAACAUCCUGCAAGCCCUAACGCCCACAAUUCCACAAAAAUGUCUGCCAGUGGUGCCAAAUCUCUUUGAGAAUUUGACUAAUCUCCUCAUUUCGACCACAGCCAAUCGCUGUCUCAUUGACAACAAUUUCAGUGGAACACUCAAUGAUAUGGAAGAUCGCAAAAUUAUGGGAAAUUGCCUGAAGAUUCUCUCAGAUGCAGCCACAAGAAUCAAAUCCAAGGACCUCCAAUCACUCUACAAUAUCGAUGUCCGACAAACUGAUAGCUCAACUGUGAUCUUUAUCUCAGAACUGGCCAAUUUUCUGGCUCAGCUCAUUGGGAAUUUUUCCAGUGAAUUUGAAGAUGUUCAGUGGGAUUUUGUUCGGAUUGCACUGAGUUCUUGGGUUUUGAGUGUGUCAAAGAGUGUACUGGGCUAUGGGGAGUCCAAAGUGGCAGUGUUUAUUGCAUCUAUUUAUAAGUUAUUCCUGGCCAUGGAGAAGUUUGUGGUGACGGAGAAGAAGAAGAGUUCAACGGGUUACCUCACGAAGAUUGUGGAGGAGUGGGAAGAAGUUUUCGCCAAAGAUGUUCACCUCGUUCUUCUGCGGGCUUUUAUGGUCAUCGUGCAGGACACAAAAGGUGACAGCAAGUGGAAGAGUUACCUGCUGGACAGUCUGAGUCCGUGCGUUGAGGAACUAAAUAUGAAUUAUGUGAUUGUGGGAAAGAAAGUCGAUGGGAAGAUCUCUCAGAAUGAUCUCACAGAUUUUUGCCUUACCUGCCUGGCUCAUGAGAAUCAUUCUGUGCGCAUUGCAGCUUCAAGUCUCCUGCACAAAUUAACGCCCAGCCUCAUUUCUGGCGAUGUGGAAGUGCUCAAUAGGCGAAAUGAGCAGGAACAGCAAAAGAGUGACAAUUCCUGGCAUGUUCUGGGGGUUUUCUUCCGGCGGCACAUUGAUCAGCACAAUGAGGGAAUUGCUGAGUAUGUGAGGGAGUUUACGUUCAAGGUCAAUGAAUUGAGUGAUUUGCCGGAAUUUCCUCGGAACAAGGCCAUCUCGUACCUUCUUCUGUGGGACUUUGCUGUGAACUUCUGCCGUCGAGCACCAUCAGAAUUGAGAUCGUUGUAUGCCCAGUGGAUAGUUGAUUGCAAAUUUGAACAUGUGAUCCUGCCAACACUCUUCCGGCUGAUGCCGCUGGAUGUCCUGAAGAAUUGGGAUACCAAAGUACCACUCGGAGAAACAAUGUUCAGUGUGAUGGAGAAGAAGCAAAUUGCAAAUCCUCAGGUAUCUGUGAGUCGUCUAGCGUGUCACGUUUAUGCCCAGACUCUGCGCUACUUACCUGUUCUGGCUAGAAAAUGGUGGCAGGAUCUUGCUCCGCGACAGAAACUCCUCGUGGACAAAGUGACUACGGCUUAUGUCUCCCCGACUCUGGUCCAGGAAGAGCUGCGAGCUCUCUCUGAAGCCAGACGACAGGAAAAUAUGCUGAUCAGUGUACACACGAGCACCCGCGAAGUCAUAGCCACUUACUCAAUAGACGAUGCUCGACUGGAACUGACAGUGACGCUGCCACAGAACUACCCAUUGGGCCCGGUUAAAGUGGAUGGAAAUAAGCAAAUUGGGGGUAGAUUGCAAUCCAGGGUCGUGGUGAUGCAACUGACAAUUUUCCUUACGCACCAAAAUGGCACAAUAAAUGACGGACUUUCGCUGUGGAAACGCAAUCUGGACAAGAAAUUUGAAGGAGUGGAGGAAUGCUAUGUCUGCUACAGUGUCAUCCAUCAGGAUACUUGUCAGUUGCCCAAACUCACCUGCAAGACGUGUCGGAAGAAAUUCCAUGGACCCUGUCUGUACAAAUGGUUCAGCACUAGCAACAAAUCGACUUGUCCAAUUUGCAGGAAUAUCUUCUAAAUGAGAUCCGACAAAAAAUCGUGUGGCAAAAUAAUUUCUGUGUAUUUUAUACGUAAAUUGAAAAAUCUACUAAAAAAAAUCUUUGGUGUUUGUGGCUCGAGAAUAUUCUUCUGGCCAGAAGUGUUUGAAGAGAAUGAACAAAAAAAAAUAGAAGAAAGGAUUCUGUGCCUCAGGAAAAUGCACUUAUUGCUUCUAAAAAAUGGCGUUGCAGCUGAUUAGAAAAUCUCCUUGAAGCCGAUGCCUUUUACAGCCCGCAAAGGGACUUCAAUCUAAAGAGAGAGAAAGAGAGAGAAGAUGAAGAGAUAAACCCCCUGGGAUUAGAAAACUAAAACCAUCAAACACAGAAAAGCCAACAAGAAGCCGAAGUAGCCAAAAAGUGCAAAAAGAUAAAGCUGUGUGCUAUCAAAAAUGAAAUAAAGUGUAAGUAAAAAUUAAAAAAAAAGUAAAAGCAAAAUCUUCUCACAAUAAAUUAAUCCAUUUAAGUAUA